AACACUUGACAGUCCCGCAUUCGCGUAGCGAUGCGCAUCAGUAUUAGGACGGUCACGUAGUUUCCCCUCGAGUGUUCAAAGUUACGGGAAUAUAAAGGGUGGAGAAUGAAGCGGCGCAAUGCGGACUGCAGCAAACUCCGUCGCCCGUUGAAACGGAACCGAAUCACCGAGGGUAUUCAUAGCAGUACCUUCCUGUACCUGAAGUUCCUGGUCGUUUGGGUGCUGGUUCUGCUGGCCGAUUUCGUGCUGGAGUUCAGGUUCGAGUACCUGUGGCCUUUCUGGCUUUUCAUCAGGAGCGUUUACGAUUCCUUUAGAUAUCAGGGACUGGCGUUCUCUGUGUUCUUUGUGUGUGUCGCAUUCACAUCAGACAUCAUCUGCCUCCUGUUCAUCCCCAAGCAAUGGCUGUUCUUCGCCGCCAGCACGUAUGUCUGGGUACAGUACGUGUGGCAUACAGAGCGAGGUGUGUGUCUGCCGACUGUUUCUCUCUGGAUUCUCUUCGUCUACAUCGAAGCAGCCAUCCGAUUCAAGGAUUUGAAACAUUUUCAUGUAGACCUUUGCCGUCCAUUCGCAGCUCACUGCAUUGGCUAUCCCGUGGUGACGCUGGGCUUCGGAUUCAAGAGUUAUGUGAGCUAUAAGAUACGUCUGCGGAAACAAAAGGAGGUGCAGAAGGAAAAUGAGUUCUACAUGCAGCUCCUACAGCAGGCCCUGCCUCCAGAACAACAGAUGCUUCAGAGACAGGAACGAGAGACAGAGGAGGCCACCUCAAAAGGCAUGUUUGAAGCAGACUCGUUGAUAGUGGCGCAGAACGGCACUGCUAUUACCAAGAAACUGCCCGUCUCUCUGCCUGAACUGGAGUACAAGGAGAAGGGCAAAGACGGGGGGAAAGACAAAAAACAGCAGCAGCAGCACAGCAUAGGAAUAAACAACAACAUCCUACAGACUGUAGAUGCUAAAUUACAAGACAUCGAGUAUAUGGAGAACCACCUAAACACUAAGAGACUCAACAACGAGCUUGGCAGCAGUGCCGAGAACCUGUUCCAGAAAGAGGAGGUGGGCGGUGGAGGUGGAGGCUCUGCCACUUCCAAACAUUACAAAAACUCCUCCCCCCAUAGCCACAACUCCACCAAUGGCAGCGUACCGUCCUCCUCGUCCAGUAGGAGUGAAAAGAAGCAGAAGUGUGCAGGGAAGAACCUUGCACCUCACAGAGAUCCGAUGGAGAACUGUAUACCUAACAACCAGCUCAGUAAGCCAGAAGCAUUAGUGCGGCUUGAGCAGGACAUAAAGAAGUUGAAGGCUGACCUGCAGGCAAGCAGACAGGUGGAGCAAGACCUGCGCAGUCAGAUCAGCUCCCUGAGCAGUGCUGAGAGGAGCAUGCGCUCUGAGCUCGGCCAGCUCCGCCAGGAAAACGAGUUGCUGCAGAACAAGCUUCAUAACGCUGUGCAGGCCAAGCAGAAGGACAAGCAAACGAUUGUGCAGCUGGAGAAGCGGCUCAAGGCAGAACAGGAAGCGCGAGCCGCAGUGGAAAAGCAACUUGCAGAAGAGAAGAAAAGAAAGAAGAUGGAAGAGGCCACAGCUGCACGUGCUGUCGCUCUGGCGGCUGCCUCCAGAGGAGAGUGCACAGACUCACUGAGGAGUCGCAUGCGUGAGCUGGAGUCGGAGUGCAAGAAGCUCACACAUGACAUGAAGCUAAAGGAGGAACAAAUCAGAGAGCUCGAGCUCAAAGCGCAAGAGUUACGCAAAUAUAAGGAGAACGAAAAGGACACAGAGGUUCUGAUGUCAGCGCUGUCGGCCAUGCAGGACAAGACCCAGCACCUAGAGAACAGUCUGAGUGCUGAGACCAGAAUCAAACUGGAUCUCUUUUCAGCACUCGGAGAUGCCAAGAGACAGCUAGAGAUUGCUCAAGGUCAGAUUUUGCAGAAGGAGCAGGAAAUAAAAGAGUUGAAGCAGAAGAUCGCAGAGGUCAUGGCGGUCAUGCCCAGCAUCACCUACUCGGCAGAGACCAACAGCAUGACCCCUGUGACCCCACAUUACUCCUCCAAGUUCAUGGACACCAGUCCUUCCAGCUUGGACCCCAAUGCCUCCAUCUACCAGCCACUCAAGAAGUGAAUGUCCAAUCACAUCGUCCACUUUGCUCUUUGAUAGUUCAGUAUGCAAAGCAAUGGGAUGGGGUAGUAUUUUUGUUUGAUUUACCCUUCCUCUGUUAGUAUGGCUCUUCUUUGUUGUUGAUAAAAUAAGUGGAGGAAUAGAGAGGGAAAAAAAUUACAAAAAGGGAUGUCUCAUUGACCAGAACUGCCCUCCUUGUGUUUAAGGUUACUUUUGAAGCUCUUACACCUAAAAUCUUUUCUUGGUAACGGCACUUUAGCCUGUUGUGGUUCUUUUGUCGUCUUUAUGAAGAUCUUUCAUGAUUUUAUUUAGCACUUCCUCGUCUAUGUGUUGAAUCUGAACAGUUUUAUGUGGCAGAAAUGGAGGCAUGACUUAUUUUACUCUCCUGGUAUAAGCGUACCAUCUUUAAGUUAAUCGAAUGU